AUGUCGUCGCCACCACCACCGCCAAAGCUACCCCUCUUCCUUCCUCUCUUCCUCCUCUUCCUCCUCUCCACCACCACCACCACCACUAAAGCUGCUACUAAAGCUGCCACUCUCCCACCCUCUCCCUCCCCCACCUCCUCUCCUACUCCACCCACCACCAAAACUCCCUCUCCUACUAAAGCUCCCUCUCCUACUCCACCCACCACCAAAACUCCCUCUCGUUCCAUUCAUUCCACUUUAGACCCCAAACAACUUAGAGCCCUCCAAUCUCUUGACAGCCCUACAGCUAAAGACCCUUGCAUACAACCUUCUCCUCGCAACGCCACCAUUUGUGACUCUUCCUCCCCCUUUCGCCACUUGGUCUCUCUCCACCUCUCCAACUGCUCCUCCGACCUAUCUCUCUCAUACACUGCCCUUAAAUCUCUGUCCACUCUCCAAUCUCUCUCUUUCACCAACUGCCCUGCUACCCCCACUAGAUUCCCUUUAGAUCUUGCCCUCUCUCUCCAUUCUUUCACUUGCAUUCACUCUCUUAAACGCCUCACUGGUGUCGGGCUCUCUCACUUUAUCAAUCUCACUGAUCUCACUGUAAGUAAUGUGCCAGUCAGUACUAGUGGUCUGUAUGUGGUUCUCGGUAAUAUGCGUAAGCUUAGGUCUGUUACUAUCUCCUAUGCUAAUGUCACUGGCUACAUACCAAAGCAUCUUCUUUCCAAUCUUACCCAUGUUGAUUUUUCAGGCAAUAGGCUUAAAGGCAAGAUACCCAGUUCCAUUACACUUCUUGAAAAUCUUGAAAGUUUCAAUCUUUCCUCUAAUGCGCUUAAUGGGGAAAUCCCUGAUAGUUUUGGUGACAUGAUUUCACUAAAGAAUUUGUCUUUACGGUCUAAUUCUUUAUCUGGGGCGAUCCCGCAUUCAAUGUCAGCGAUUCCUGAUUUAGCUCAUGUUGAUCUGAGUUCAAAUCAGUUGAAUGGGACAAUACCAAAGUUUUUUGUAGAAAUGAAGAAACUUAGGUACUUGAAUCUUGAGAACAAUGCGUUUCAUGGUGUUUUGCCUUUCAAUCUUACUUUUAUGAAGAGAUUAGCUAUGUUUAAGGUUGGUGGAAAUAGCAAUUUGUGUUACAACCAUACGAUUUUGUCAUCAAAAUUGAAGCUUGGAAUUGCUCCUUGUGAUAAGCAUGGAUUGCCGUUGUCGCCACCACCUGCAAAAGAUGAUUCAUCAGGAGAUCGCAGUGAGAGUGAGUCAUCAGAUUAUGAUGAUGAAAGUAGUGAUUCUAACAGCAAGAAAGGGGGUCAUCAUGGUCCUAAUAAGGUUGUUCUUGGUGUGGCAAUUGCACUAUCCUCUAUUGUCUUCCUAAUUGUCUUCCUUAUUCUUCUCUCCAAAAGGUGUGGUUAA